AUGGAGAACAUGCUGCUGCUUGGUCGCCGCACUUUGCGCCGUAGUUCUGCAGCCUUCCGUGCUCCCAAUGCACAUUCAAGCUUUACACCACCUCGUGCUGCGGCACCGGUGCUACUUGCGAGCUAUUUCUCUUCUGGACGCGACGAUACAAAUCUCCCGCGGGUCGUCUCAGAGCAAACUUUGUUUGAGAACCCGUGGAUCCGCCUCAAGCGCAUCUUGUUUCUGGAUGCGAAUGGCUCCGAGCGGUACUGGACGGGGCUUGAGCGAACUACGACAUAUCCAAAGACUUUUUCUGAGGCUGUUGCAGGUUCUAUAGAGUCGGUGGAAUCCCAGGAACAGGACACAAAGGAGAAGUGUGACGCCGUGGUGGUAUUCCCGUUCCUCACCAAGCAAGGAGCUCCGACUCGCGUUGUGUUGAUCCGCCAGUUCCGUCCACCAGUGGGUCAGUGGGUAUUGGAGCUUCCAGCUGGGCUUAUUGACGCACAGGAAGCACCGGAAGUGGCAGCCAUGCGAGAGCUUAAAGAGGAGACGGGCUACGUCGGCUCGCGUGUGCUACACAUGGGGCCGCCGAUGGUGAACGACCAAGGCGUCACGAAUGGCAAAUGCAGACUCUUAUUGGUGGAGGUACGCGAUGAAGACCAGCAUCCUCCGCUGAAGCAGCAACUAGAGCCGGAUGAGAUCAUUCACGUCGUACACGCGCCACUAGAAGGUCUCGCACACUGGCUCGAGGCUCGCAAACUUCGUGAGAAGGAUGCCAUCGACGCCAGAUUGUACUCGUAUGCGCUCGGUCUUCACGCAUUACCACUCGGACUCAGGCAUUGUUCAACUUAG